CACAUGUACCUAAGGUAUACUCCAGCAAAACAACAUCAGAUGCUACCAUCGAUGAUUAGCUUUCCCAACACUUCCCAACGCUAGCAUUCAUUCCGAAUUUUGGUCUCGAUGUCUCUAUACCACGACAUCAUUAUGCCUAAGUCGCAUAGCACUAACACUAUCUUAACCAAGCUUUCGUCAACACUGACUUUCCCUUGUGAUAAUCCAGGUUGUAUAAAUUUUGCUAGUUUCGCUUGUCCUUCCUGCCUUCUAGUACAGUACUGUUCACGGGAAUGCCAGAAAGCAGAUGUCGGCCACGAGAUUGUCUGCAAAUCUGAAUACGCGAACCCUGAAUGGAGUCCUCAAUGGUUCCAAGAGGGAAGACAGCCCACAUACUUCGACCAAUAUCCUCCACACUUGAAUUCGGCUCGGUGAAAAUGAGGGAAUCGGGUACUCGAGAGAUCUGGAUCUGCUAUUCGUCGGUUGCGGAGAUCUCAGAAACGUUAUGAUGACCGUCACCCUCAUCCCGAACAACUACCCUGGGGGAAUUAGAAUCGUGAUGAAUAACAAAGACAUCGAUAAGAUUUUCCGCGCCUACAUAAUGCUUGCUUAUAUCCUCUGUAACGACGACGCGGUUCUGGCGGCCGAGAACACCUUGCACCUGUGGUAUUCAGCCUUUUUUACCUGAUACGUUAGCCGACUGGAUGGGCGGUCCGCUAUAUCGAUACGUCGCCAAACAUACCAAAGCAUUACAACGCGAGUACGGGCUCGAGGCAAAUUAUAUAGGGAAUCUUUUCGUAAAGAAAAGUGUCGAUAUGUGUACGCAAAUUACCUGCAGAGAGACCUGCCGCCAGACGAAGCUAAGUCUGCUCGAGAUGCUAUAGUCGCUUCUAAAACUAGGCGAGACUACAGAGAGCGUUUUCUAUAUAGACAGCCGUAUAGCGAGCGCCCAGUCCACGUCAAAUUCAUGGAACACGGGAUACUAGCGCCCUUCGGUCGGAAUCUUAGUCGCUACACCAAACCCAACAU